AUGGACAAUUCAACUGAAAUAGUAUUUGUUCUACACGGACUGAACGAGACGAUGUCAAACAAACGCACAUACUUUGUCGUCACUCUUCUCGUUUACCUUUUUACAAUUCUAGUGAAUCUGACUUUGAUUGCGACAAUUAUUUUGGAGAAGACGCUCCAUGAGCCCAUGUUUUUUUUUCUGUGUAACUUGUGUGUAAAUGGGAUAUUUGGUGCGUCUACAUUUUAUCCAAAAAUAUUGGUGGACCUUUUAUCCGUCUUGAAUGUUACUGCGUAUAAAGCUUGCCUAGCUCAAAUUUUUGUAAUAUACAGCUAUGUAUUUUGCGAAUAUACUACGUUAGCUGUGAUGGCUUAUGACAGGUAUGUCGCGAUAUGCAAGCCGCUCAAUUACCACUCCAUCAUCACGCAUCGGAAGGUCGGGAAUUUGUUGUUUUUCACGUGGCUGUUUUCCAUUUCUGAAACAGUUAUUUUAGUGGGCUUGACAGUCAGACUACCCCUCUGUGGAUUUAAUAUCGACAAGCUUUAUUGCAUAAACUGGGCAGUGGUAAAGCUGUCAUGUGUAGAUACCACUAUCAACAACAUAUACGGGUACAUUCUUAUGCUUUUUCACGUUGCACAAGCAGUGGUGAUCUUGGUUUCCUAUAUUAAUAUCGUCAGAAUAUCAAUGAGAUCACAGGAAGGACGGAAUAAGUUCAUGCAGACCUGUUUGCCCCAUUUAAUAUCAUUGACUAAUUUCACGAUCGCACUCGUUUUUGACAUCAUGUACGCUCGCUAUGGCUCCCGCAGCCGUUUACAGGCUCUCCGCAAUUUCAUGUCCCUGGAAUAUCUCGUUGUGCCACCGCUUCUGAACCCCCUCAUCUAUGGUCUGAAUCUGAACCAGAUCCGCCGGAGAGUCUUUAGAGUUUGCAGCCAGAAAAUACAAAAUCUAAAGUGA